CAUAGACAUUGAUGUAUUUAGACAGACAUCAGACAUGGAGGAGUAUUUCUACCUCCAAGAUCAAACCAAGCAGGAUUCGGACGCACAAGAGCGCGAUGAAGCUGUGUUUGAAAACGCAAGUCAGUUGUUUUCUUGGGACGCUGUCGCACAGAGAGAGAUUAAAGAAGGUGUCAUGGCCCUUCAAGAUCGACUAAGGCAGCUUGAGAUGAAGCUAAGUGACUGUGCUGAACUGUACGAGAAACGACGUGAGAGGCUAGUACUAAAGCACAGAGACGCACGGACAGCUCAUGUAUGCAACCGUAUCUUGAUUUGCUCCUGUCUUAUGGUCUUAAUAUCAUACAUCAUAAGAUGCCUGCAGACUCCACAUGAACUUUGUUUCCAAGAACAUUGA